UUGGCCCUGGUCGGCAGCCCUCCGCUGGGCCUUCUCUCCGCAGCUGGGCUGCCCACCAGCCGCCUCGACAGUACGAAGGCGUGUUGGCUCCAUGGACGCUGCCGCCGCGAAGAAGCGGUUCCUCCGGCUGUGGCAGGGCCUGCAGCUGUACGACGGGCUCUCCGCGAACGACGCGGCCGCGGCUGCGGUGCCGCUGUCCCAGCAGCCUCCCGAAGUCGCGGCUCCGCUGCCAGAGCUGCUGACAGGAGAGGUGGCUCCGCCCGACGGCGCGCCGCCCGCGCACGAGGCCCUGCGGCGGGUGUGCGCUGCGGGCGCCGCCGCGGAGGCUGCCGACGUGGAGCGGUCCCUCGCGGUCCUGGAUGACCUGGGUGCACUGGCGGUGGCCUUCCGGCGGGGUGGCGCGGAAGGCGCCGGGCCCAGCGUGACGGAUCCGAACGUGGACACGGGCGCCGUGGAGGCGUACUUCCACGCUCUGGCCGCAAGGGACGCGCGGGCCAGCGGAGAAGCCGACGGGGGAGCGGGCGCGACGGGGGAGGGCGGCACCCCUCAGCAGGCGAAGAGCCUCGUAUCGCAGGCGCUGCACAGACUUGGGAACCUGUUCACGAAGAUCGGGCACGCCAACGACCAGGCACGGAAGUUUGACAGCGACCGUGCCGCAGUCCACGGCGGUUUGGCGGGCGGGGUGCCGUCUUCGCUGUCGGGGAGCCGCGAGGCGGGGCCCGUGACGAUUCCGCCUUCCCCAACGCCGCUGACGAAGGAGGCGUUCCGGGACUGCAGCUGUGUGGGAUGGGAGCUGCCCGCGGAGCCGUCGUUCCGUGCGCACGUGACCCGCUUCCGGGAGCGCCGUGAGAAGCUGAAGCAGGAGCUGGCCGCCGCGGCGGCGUCGGCCACGGGGCCGGAGACACAGCCGCGCCUGGAGGAGCCUGCGUAUAACCCUGCCGAGUGUCUGGUGGGCCUGCGGGUGCUGCUGAUCCCGCUGGCGUUCCCCUUCUUCGAGGAGAGCGACCACUACGAGGCGCUCGGGCGCAUCCUGCGCGCGUACAGGGGGCUCUCCGAGGCGCAGCGGGAGCGUCUGGGCCGGUGGAUCGCGGGCGGCGUGCUGUCGGGGACGUUCCCUUUCCGGGUCCUCGAGGGCCAGCUGCAGUGGCUCCAGCAGCUCGUGACCAUCCGCUUCUGCACCGACUUCGAGGAGGGCGCGGAGCAGUUCGGGUGGGACUUCUUCUGCACGCGCACGAGCCAACCUGUGAAGAACGCGCUGGCCUGCAUGGAUCUGUUUUUCCGCGCCAACCGCGUGCUGCAGGCCAAGCACCGCGCUUUCAAGCGCGAAGAGCGCUUGCGCGGUACCGCGGCGGUCCUGCAGAGUCUCGGGGACAGCGCCGCGCCGCCGUAUUUGAAGCGCAUCGACUUCGUGAACGACGCGCUGAACGAGCAUGACCGGGUGCUGAAGCACGACUACGAGUGCAGUCUGUAUCUGCCUCGGCUCAAAUGGAACGAGCUGGUGCAGGAGUUUCGGGGGGCCCGCAUGCGCGGCCUGCCCGCGCAGCCGCCUCCGCGCCGCCCGAGGGUGCCCACGGCCAUGGCGGAGGUGCAGGCUGGCAGCGCGUUGAACACGAUGAGUUUCGGGCUGCUGGAGUACGCGUGGGCGCUGGACCCCAGCGGCAAGUGCCGCCUGCUGAUGCUGAAUAUGAAGGAUCAGCAGCGCGAUAACGUGCGGCAGGAGAUGUUGACCCAGGUGUUUCGCGGCCACGGGCGCGUGAACCCGUACCUGACGCUGUGCGUGCGUCGGGACAAUCUCAUCCAGGAUGCGCUGCAACGGCUGGCGUCUGUGAGCCCCAGUGGGCUCAAGCGGACGCUGAAAGUGGUUUUCGAGGGCGAGCAGGGCGUAGACGAGGGCGGCGUGCAGAAGGAGUUUUUCCAGCUCCUGCUGGAGCAACUUUACGACCCGAAUUUCGGUAUGUUCACUUAUAACGCCGACAACAAAACGUAUUGGUUCUCGCACACGUCCUUGGAGACCAAUCUGAAUUUCGAGCUGUUUGGUGUGCUUUUGGGCCUCGCCAUUUACAACCGUGUUAUUAUCGACGUCCGCUUCCCGAUCGCAGUGUACAGGAAGUUGCUGGUGGCGGACGAGGCCGGAAUCGCCCGGUUCACGGUGGACGACCUCGGCGCCGUCGCGCCUGAAUUAGCGAGAUCGUUGGAGAAGAUAUGUUAGAGUUCGAGGGGGACGUGGAGGCCGCGUUCUGCAGGGACUACGUGGCCACGUAUGAGGCAUUUGGGGCCACCGUAGAGGUGCCGCUCACCAAGGACGGAAGCCGUGUGCCACUGACGAACGCCAACCGCCACGAGUUCGUGGAGGACUACGUGGACUGGUACUUCAACACGUCGAUCGCGGAUCAUUUCAAGAGCUUCAAGAGAGGGUUUCUGAGGUGCCUCCAGGUGGACGGGGAGGGAGGGAGCGGCGAUGCGCACUUGAACAUGUUUUUGCUGAUGUUCGAGGCCGAGGAACUGGAGCUGCUGAUCUGCGGCAGCCCCGUUCUGGACUUCACCGCGUGGCAGGGCAACACCGCGUAUGAGGGGUAUUCGCAGAAGAGCGACGUGGUGCAGUGGUUCUGGAGCAUCGUGAUGGAGGAGUUCUCCGAAGAGGCGCGGCGAGAGCUGCUUGCUUUCGCAACGGGGUCCGCACGUGCGCCGCCCAAGGGUCUGGGGUCGCGGGAAGCGCGGUUUGUGAUCGCGCGCGCAGGGCCCGAUUCGGAGCAGCUUCCGACGGCCCACACGUGCUUCAACCACCUGCUGGUUCCAGAGUACGACUCUAGAGAAAAGCUGGGCAAGAAGCUCCGCCUGGCCAUCUCGAACAAUCAGGGCUUCGGCCUGAUUUGAGGCGCCAUGUGGACCUGAUCGCGCCCGCCCAGCAAAAUGUAUG